CGUGAUUGGUAAUAUCGUUUUUGUCAUUAUAUUACAAAAUGUUAUUAUCUCAUUUAUGAGUGCAGCGUUUGAGGAUGCUGAUAAAGAUGGAAAGCAUACUUUCCUCACUUUUCAAAGUGGUUUAAUUAAUGACUAUGUAAAUCUUGAAAAUUCGGCUUUUACUUCAGGAAAGAGUAAUAUUGAUACUGCGCUUAAAGAUAAAUUAAGAGAAUACAAAAAAUGGGAAUCAAUUCCAAUAUAUUCAAAUCUUGAAGUUCAAAUGCCAACAGAAGAAGAUAAAAGUGAUGAAAAUGAUGAAAGUGAAUUUUUUAUUGAAAAAGAAGACAUUAAAUUUAUUUGGACUUUGGCAGAAGAAUAA